UUCAGCUCAAAGCAUUCAACUGCUCAGAAUGAUUGUCUUGUAUAAUCGAUCAAUGUUCGUGGCCACGUCUCGAUCUCUUGUCUGCAGUGCUCGGUGUCUAGGAUAAGAAGGUGAGGUCGUGUACACCUUCUUUCUUGGCCUGGACACCAAAGAGUGCAGACAAGAGAUCGAGACGCAACACAUGACGCAAUCAGAAUGAUGCCCGUGGCUAAAACCCUCACAACUAAAUGCAUAGCGAGCCGGCCACUUCAGGAAAAAACCCGCGCGCUCACAUUCGUCAACACAGCGGACCCGAAGCCACGCGUGCAACACCCGCCAUGCAGAGACGCACUCACACAAACACGCACCAUCCAGAAAAAAACGUCUGGGGGACUCUCUCGUUUGGCACGACGAGGAAAAAACCAAACCCAUUCAGACGUACCUUCUUGGGUCGACCUGCCCACCCGCGUCACGUACCCAGCCACCAAAAAAAAAACAGUGGUCACUCACAUGAAGAUGGCCGUCUCCUUGUUAGAUGUUGCGCCGUCUGUAGGGUGGCAGUGCCCCGUCUGCCACUCGAUGCACUCCCUGAAGACCCGCAGAGAUGCGGCGGGCGAUGACAUCGGCACCAUGUGGGACGCGUUGUAGACCCGCAGGAAGGACAGCUUGUCCACCCACUUGUACGCGCCAUACUGGUGGCCGUCGACCACCCACUCCACAAACUGCACACAACAGAACAGAGAAGGGUGGGCGGUCAGGUGGUGUUCGUAUGUGGGUGUGUGUGUGAGUGUGUGUGGCUGUGGGGUGCGUCGUCAUGCACUGCUCACCGGUGAGGCUCUGAAUGACUCGGCGUGGUCCCAUUCAAGCUGCUUGGCCAUCUCCAGGCCGCCCAUCCAGUUACACAUGAAAUCUUGGUCACCAUAAUAAAGCAGCACACGCACACCCGCAUCGAUGACAUACGACAGCUCAGGGCCCGAGCUGCACACAGAAGCAUCCACGCAGACACAGGGAUGGGGGAUGACACGCCUGUGUAGCGAGUGGAGGUAUUAUGGCGAUUGGUUCUUCACCUCUUGAUCGAGUCGGUGCGCAGAUUCUUGUGCAGCUGCAUGAACACAUACACACACAGCAUGGCUGCACUUGGCGUUCGUCGGUGCGGUGUGUCUGUCGCCCUUCCUGGGCAGUGCUUCCCCCCCUCCCUCCCUCCGUCCCUCCCUGCGUCCCUUGCUGACCUCAUUGCUGCAGGAAGUCCAGUCUUGGCUGACGUGCAGGGCCUCCUUGACCUCCUUCUGGUUGAAAAACGACACGAUGCCAUCCAUGUCGUGACAAUAGGGCGGCAACUGCAGCCAGCCAUCACAAAAUGAAUGAACAAACGCACAUCAAUCAGAGCCAUUCACUCCAAUGCGUUGCGCCAUUCCCUCUAUCUGUGUGUGUCAGUUACCUCGCACUGUUCGCGUAUGUCAUAUGGGCUGGUGCUGCCGAGCAGACGCGUGGUCAGGGGAUAGCACGUCGCAUCCACUGCAUCCCACUUGCCACUCCGCAGUGCCUCCUCACACAGACCAUAACCUACACAUAACACACCACGCACAACCGAAUCUGUGGAGUGCGUCUGGCUUCGGCCUGUCUGUCUGUCGCGUUGCCCACCUAACCUACCCAGCUUUGCCUCUGCAAACGUGGCAUCGUCGAUCAUCUCGUUAGCGUAGGCGAAGGCCGCAAAGGAGGGGAACUGGACGAAUGGGUUCGUCCACCCAUUGCCGAUCGCGAUCCCUGCAUGGCAUGGGUGAACGAACAAGAGGGCGGUGAGUGACAUGGUUCCAUGCGCUCCAAGUAAGUCAAGGGCACCCACCCACCCUUGAAGUUGAGGCCGUCGAUGGGGCUGUCUACGAGAUGUUUGGCAAUGUGGGGGAUGUAGUGGCCGGCGUACGACUCUCCCGCAAGCACAAACGGACUGCACAUGACACGACACACAACAACCACUUGGACAGCGCAGGUCCAUUCAGAAACGAUAGAGCUACACGUCACGCACCGGUCGUGAAAGUCAGGAAAGAGUGAGAGAAAGCCCUCCAGGAAAGCCCCCAUGUCUGAGAGAAUAACGAAUAUGUGGGUACAUGAUUACGACAGACAGCCGUGCAAGGAAGGACACAUUCAGCUCACCAGAGGCGAUAUCCUCCUCGGUGGCUGGGUAGCCGUCAGGUCCCUUGGUGUGCGACCAACCAACACCAAGCGACAGGUCAACGAACAGCAUGUUCGCAGCGGCCGUCCUGACCAGACCAGACCAGCACACACCAGGACAGUUCCUUCAAGGUGCAAGCGUGUUUGCGGGCGAAUACCAUGAGUAUUCGUUGAGUGCGAGAGUGCCGUUCGGCAGCACAGUAAAAGGGCCGUUCUCAGCUAUCCACCCAAGCUCACUGGAACAUCCAGGACCUACAGACAGACGCACACAGGCGCAGACAAUGCAAGUACUGCUCAAAAACGGCCUUGUAGACAUCACACUCUUCCCCAUCGCACCGCACCUUGCAGCCCCAUGUCUGGAAGGUCCCCCCCGGUCAGCCACAUCGUCAGCGCAUCGUGGCUGGCGUUGCCUCGUGAGGGGAAAAAGACGAAGAACAUGGAUCCGCCACCGAUGGGCACCCGGCCUGCAUUGCAUGCAUCACACCAACACACAGCACGACAUCAGACAGCAAUCACCCACACUCAUGCCAUCCAUCAUGCCCUCCCUUGUGACUCACUCGUGCAUGCUGUGCGUUCUGGCUGACCUGUGUACAUCUUUUCGUUGAAGAAGAUGCUGCUUUUGACUUCGUUCUUGGUUGGCAGGCCGCAGCUGUGUUGGUCUCUUCUGGUGCAGGCAGGCCGCGCAAACGAGCAUGACAGCACCUCCCAGAGCGCCAGGACAGCCACCGCUGCCUUCAUGAUGAUAGAUCUGUGUUGGAUCUUUCGAAUGGAGAGCAGCCC